GCGGCGAGUGAUACGCUCCUUGUGGGAUGUGGGGUAUGUGUACAGUACGCAUGGUGCCUUACGACUCAUACUUGAGGAGACUGCUCUAUAUAAUUUCGAGAAUCCCCCCCGCUUGUGCUGGCUCGAUACAUUGGACUUCCAUACCCAUCAUCACACUACCAACUUUACUCUGCGAACCGCGAUAUAAACAAUAUCUCGCACCCCACCACCACAACCAAACACCUCGGCCUUCAUCUCAUCAAAGAGGAACAACCCAUAUCCUUCCCAGAGAGCGAACGGCAUACAAACGACAAAGAAACACAGGAGAUAACUCGAGGAAAGAAAAAUCAUGGUUUUCAUCUUAGGCAUUAUCCUAGCCUGCCUCUCCCUCCCGUUGGUGGUCUACGCCGGCGAGCGCACCACGGGUCGCAGGAUCCCGCGGCCCCGAAUCUUUCGCUCCCUCUCUGCUCCGGGCCCCUACACAAAGGAGGAGCGUGAGUCUUCACCCGCCCCGCCAGCAAGAAGACGGACAAUGGACCCGCCUGAGCGCGCGGAUACUACUCGCUCCGAUUCGUCCUGGAGGACUACAAGUACUGGGGAGACCUACGUGAGGGGGGUGCCGUUGGAGGUUGACUGAACUGGUCAGAUGAUGGGGGGGUGAACAGGGCACGGGCAGGGGUGGGGCAUGAUUAAGGGGGUAAUGACUGGAGUGGAGGCUUUGGAAGGGAGGGAAAGGGGCGGAGGGGAGGGAUUUAGUCAUUCUUUUGAAAUUGUUUCUUUUGUAUGGGCUAUUUUUGGCGCUUGAUAUUUUUUAUUUAAUUUUAUCUAUUUUCUUUUUGCUGCGUAACUUGCUAGUUUCCUUGAUUCACAGAUUUCCCAAGACUUGCAUUUUUUGUUUUUUCAGGUUAUGAGAUGGUUUGCAUUGUUUGGUUGGUAAGGUUGUUUUCUCAGCAUUUUUCCCCCCGCAGUCCAUCUAUCUAACCAUCUUACGGUAUAUCCGCUUCCCCCUACCUCUAUUUCUCAUCAUCUCCUCUUCUUCACUCCGCACAGGAUUACAAUAAUACCCAGUUUUCGUUUCUCUUGCCUACUUGCAUACUCGCAUCUUAGACUGCCCGUUCAACUCGCUUGCGAUAUUAAUUACCCUGGGCUCGGUUAUUGGUUUUUCUCGGCUUUGUUCUAUGUUUUAUUGCAUUGCGUGUAACUAUCGUUCAUAUCAUAUAAAUCGGACACUCUUUUUCUUUUGUA